GGGACAGACUCUGUAAAAGAAUAUUCCACAAAGUUUAAUCAAUUGUCCCAGUAUGCCCCUGAGAUAGCUAGCACAGAAAUGGGGCGUAUGCAGAAGUUUGUGUACGGGCUGGAUCCAGAGAUAGCUUGAGACGUUAUGACCGGGGCGCAGCCACCCAGAACUUAUGCAGAGGCCCUUGAUAGAGCUUUGAGGGCAGAGGUUUUUGUUAGGAGGAGGUUUGGUCAGACUACAGGGCAAAAAGUUACACCUCCUUCUACCAUGCCAGCUCCCCCGGUGAGUAGUGGUUCAGCUUCAGUACAGAGAGGCCCUCCUCCAGAGCGAGACAGGAAAGGUAAACGACCUCUCCAGUUCAGAGGCAUGAAAAAGAACUGGAAGAGUGGAAAGAAACAAAGAGGACCUGAGAUACCAGCUUGCCAGAAAUGUGGGAAGCACCAUAGAGGAGAGUGUUUGACAGGUCAGGCAGUUUGUUUCAGAUGUCGUCAGCCUGGACAUAUUGCUCGUUUCUGCACAGCUGCCCCAGUGAGAGUAGAGCAGCAGCAGCCUAUAGGAGGAGCCACAGCCAGAGUUUAUAUGAUCACUCAGGGCCCAGCAUAGGCUAACCCAUCAGCAGUCACGGGUACAGGUGAUCGAGGUAGCUGCGAGGCAGGGUUAGGUCAGCG